CAACUUUAAUAUUUGUAUUUAUAUGGGAACAAAGUAUCCCACUUAUGCUCUUGCAAAAUAGUGUUAUUGUAUAAUUGAUUCAAAAUAUGGGGUUUAGUGGUUUGUUUUUUCAUCCAGUGCUCUAAUUCGGGCGAUUUUCUGGAAACUAAUUUUUACGGGGAAUUGUAGCUAGCUUGCUCCAAGGCUGAGGGGAAUCAGUUGGAUAGCAAGCUGGCUAGCUAAUCGAAUGUUGGCACAAUUUCGCUCGUUCAUGUAUCCAUUUUUGUGUCCGGGCAUUCUUUUUUGCAUUUGGGAUUUAUCGGAGGAUUUUAGUUUCGACUGGUUGCCGUGUUUUUUAUCUACUGGAACCUUUAUGGAUGAGUAAAAUACUGCCGUUACAAGACCGUUUGUGUUCAGCGAUGUGGGAUGAAGAGGAUAAAGGAAAGUGGUCUUUGGAAAUUUAGGGGGGACGGAGUGGGCUUCGCUGUUGGAUAUUAUUUUAAAUAUAUGGUCCUCUCCUGGAUUUUCUACGUUAGUUGGAGUACAGCUGAAAACCCUCGAUUUGCAUAGCCCACUGCAUCGGCUGAUAGGCUACCCGCUCCUUAUUCUUUCACUGGAUAGCCAGUGGUCUUGCCCCAACCCCCAAGCCAUCGAAAACUAAACAAAGUACUGUAUGUCACAUAUGACAUUCAUGGUCAUGAGGGAAAUAAUUCAAAACUGAUAGGGUUGGAAAGAAUGUCAUCAGAGGAUAAGAGUCUGGACACCUCUGACAAAGGACCGUCUCCGCCUCCUGGCAGCACAGGGGCCACGCCUACAGGAAGUCCUGCCCCCCCUGACAGACGCCCUCGAGGACGUCCUCGGAAAGAUGCAGGGUCCACAGCCCCCCUGCCUGGCCCUGCGACCAAGCCCAAAAAAAAGAGUCGAAGCCGCGGCAGGGCACUGUUGGAGGAUGACGAGGUGGUGGAGACCGCAGAGUUGGCUGAGCCCGCAGCCAGUCAGGAGAUAGAGCCAAAAGAGCAGCAGGAGAUGGGUGAGAGUGCCAUGUUGGCGGCAGGUGACGGCGAGGGGGGGGACAGCCCCUCUCUCCCCCUCCACCAGACAGAGGAGGCAGCAGCGGCACCAUCAGCCUCGGCCUCAGGAGUAACCAAAAGCAGUGAACAGCUCUGUGCCUUCUGUUAUUGUGGUGAGCGGAGCCUCCUGGGUCAGGGGGAUCUGAGGACAUUUGAGGCCACACCCACUCCCAGUAGCCAAUCAGGAGGCAGCACGAGGGAUGGCGACGAUGGCGACGGUGGCGGUGACCCGGACAGCAGGACCCCCAGGCCGACCGUGGCUCCCAGGGCGUUGUCGAGCGCGGAGGAAGGAGCUGGCAGGUUUUGGGAUGAGCUUAGUCACGUUGGCCUCCCUGAUGGCACGGAUGUCCAGACGCUCUUUGAUGAGUCAGGACGGUGCUGGGCCCAUCAGCGUUGUGCCGUGUGGUCGCAAGACGUGCGCCAGGGCGAGGACCAAUCACUGCUCAACGUGGACCAAGCCAUCCACUCAGGGAGCACACAGUGCUGUGCAUACUGUAAGCGCCUUGGAGCAUCCAUCAAGUGCUGUGAGGAGGGGUGCGAUCGGAUGUACCAUUAUCCUUGUGCGGGGGCUGCCGGAACCUUUCAGGACUUCAAGAGACUUUUGCUCUUCUGCCCUGAUCAUAUUGAAUUAGCCAUUGACAGAUCUCUGGAGGAGGUCAACUGUGUGCUGUGCGACAGCCCCGGUGACCUCCAGGACCAGCUCUUCUGCACCAGCUGUGGGCUGCACUACCACGGCAUGUGUCUGGACAUCGCAGUGACCCCUCUGAAGAGGGCAGGCUGGCAGUGCCCGGAGUGCAAAGUCUGCCAGACGUGCAAGAACCCAGGCGAGGACACCAAGAUGCUGGUGUGUGACAUGUGCGAUAAAGGCUAUCAUACGUUCUGCCUGCAGCCGGCAAUGGACUCCUUGCCUGCUGGUGGCUGGAGAUGCAAGAACUGCCGCGUGUGUGACCAGUGCGGCACGCGGACGAGCGGCCAGUGGCACCACUCGGGGCUGCUGUGCGAGGCCUGUGCCGGGCAGCAGGACCCAGCGCUGGCCUGCCCUCUGUGUGGGGGCGGACUGGACCCUGAGCUCCAGCCCCACCUGCUCUCCUGCCACAGCUGCAAAAGGUGGCUGCACCUGGAGUGCGAGCAGCAGGUGGAGGGCUUUGUGGAGCCCCCGCCAGGGGAGGACUACGUGUGCUGCGGCUGCCAACGCUCUAGCCCCGAUCUGGACCCGCCGCACAGGGACCUGGAGGCCCGGCUCACGCUGGCCCCCUCCGGCGCCGAGGAGGAGCCAGGGGACGCGCCGGCCGAGCCGCAGCCGUCCAGCCCCAUGGACUGCCCGCCCGGCGGAGCGCCCGGGGAGGAAGACCCGGCGGCUGGCGCCGCAGGUUGUGAGCAGGCAGGAGAGCAGGUGUCUGAAGCCAAACCGCAGCUGGCAGGUGAAGAGUCGUAUGAGGUCACAUGUGCUGCAGAGCCCAGGGCGACAGCAGCAGCUCCCCCUGAGGACACGGGGAACCAGGGGCCGGAGUCUGAGGCCCCAGAGCCUCCCCUGCAGGCUGCAGAGCCUGAGCCACCUCAGGGCAGCACGGCCACAGCAGCGCCCCAGGGAGAGGAGCCCGAGCCUGGGCAGGAGAAGCACGAAGCCCCCGCCCCACCCACCAAAGAGCCCACAGAUGCAUCAGCACCAGCUGUGGAGGAAGCCAUGGAGGUCUCCGCAGAUUUCUCCCCAGCUGCUAAGGCAGAGAGCAGAGAGGCGAGCGGGCCGACCCUUGUGCCAAAGGAAGAGAGAGCGACGGAGAAGGAGAAGGAGGAGGAGGAGGAGAAGAUGGAGAAGAAGAAGGUGCUGAAGGUGGAGAAGGAGUCCAGCUCCAAGAUGGUGGAGGUGAAGGAGGAGGAGGAGGAGGCGCAGCUCGGACCCCCCGAGGCGAUGGAGACCACCAGCAGCGGGUCCAUGCUCCCCCAACCCGCGCCUCUAGCCGUGGCGAAGAGCGACGCCCACAAGCCAUCGUCCGUCCCAGACGUCUCUCAGGUGCCGCCGCCGUCGCCGCGCACGUCUCUGGCCGAGACGGUCCAGGCGCCGCUCCAGCUCCCGCUCCCGCUGCCCGACACCGACCUGGAGCCGCCGUUCUCCCCAGUGGACUUCAGCACGGCCAUUGCCCCCGCCAUGUUUCUGCCCAUGACCCCCAAGAUUGGCAUGGGCAAACCGGCCAUCACCAAGAGGAAGUUCUCCCCGGGAAGACCCCGCGUGAAGCAGGGAGCGUGGAGAGGCCCAGGCCGAACCGUCUCCCCCUCCUGGUCCCUGGAGCCCCCAAAGACCAGGCAGCCCACCAGCACCCCUGCCUGGGGCAUCAGAGUGGGUCGAGGCUCGGGCUUCCCAGGGCGGCGGAGACCCCGCGGGGCGGGCCUGUCUGGGAGAGGAGGCCGCGGCCGCUCCAGGAUGAAGAAUGGAGUCAGCCCCGUCCCCAACCCCGGAGUACGUGUCCGUUCAUUCCUCACCAGCUCCCAAACUGGUGCACUGGUGGGCGCUGCGGAGCCCUCUUAUCUGUUCAAGGAGGAGGAAGAGAAUGCCAUGCACAACACCAUCGUCCUCUUCUCCAGCUCUGACACCUUCACCCUCAAGCAGGACAUGUGUGUGGUGUGCGGCAGCUUUGGCCAGGGUGUGGAGGGACGGCUGCUGGCCUGCGCCCAGUGUGGACAGUGCUACCACCCGUUCUGUGUCAACAUCAAGAUCACCCGGGUGGUGUUGAGUAAGGGCUGGCGCUGCCUGGAGUGCACGGUGUGUGAGGCGUGUGGACAGGCCACUGACCCGGCCCGCCUGCUGCUGUGCGACGACUGUGACAUCAGCUACCACACCUACUGCCUGAACCCGCCCCUGCAGAACGUGCCCAACGGCGGCUGGAAGUGCAAAUGGUGUGUGUCCUGCACCCAGUGCGGUGCCACCUCUCCGGGCCUGCGUGGCGAGUGGCAGAACAACUACACGCAGUGUGCCCCCUGCGCCAGCCUCACCAGCUGCCCGAGCUGCCUGCUGGACUACAGCGAGGAGGAGAUCAUCGUGCAGUGCCGCCAGUGUGACAGGUGGGUUCAUGCCUCCUGCCAAGGCCUGCACUCGGAGCAGGAAGUGGAGGUUGCCGUGGACAAUGGCUUUGAUUGUACCCAGUGCCGAGGCCGCGCCUCCCCCUCUGAGACGAUAGCAGCGGUAGCAGCCAUGGCAGCCGCAGAGGCCUACGAGCCCCCUGUUCCUGUGCAGUCCUUCCCAAAGGUUAAAGACCUCGAUCCGGCGCGGACCUACACUCAGGACGGCGUGUGCCUGACCGAGUCGGGCCUCAGUCAGCUCCAGAGCCUGGCGGCGGCGGCCUCGCGGCGCCGGCGGCCCAAACCCAAGCUCAAGCUGAAGAUCAUCAACCAGAACAGCGUGGCCGUGCUGCAGAGCCUCCCCGACCAGCCGCUGGAGCUCUCCCGCGAGGUCGACCUGGACGACAGCCGGGGUAAAGAGGGGGAGCCGGAGUGUGAGGGGAAGUCUGACUCCAGCCCUGAGAGAGAGGCCGUAGACGACGACUCCAAAGGGGGUGAAGCUGGCAAGAAGAGGAAGAGGAAGCCGUACAGGCCUGGCAUUGGGGGUUUCAUGGUUCGCCAGAGGAACAAAGCAGGCCAAGCUAAGGCCAAGCCCGCCCUGACUAGGAAGGACUCGACAGGCUCUCUCUCCGAGAUCCCGCCGGUUAAGGACGAAACCUGGGGGGAUCCAACUCCUGACACCCCACAGGAUGAGAAGCCUCCUGUAGCCGAGUUCCCAGAGAAGACCAGGAAACGGUACAGGAAGAAAAAGACCAAACUGGAAGAGGAAUUUCCCACCUACCUGCAGGAGGCCUUCUUCGGCAAAGACCUGCUGGACAAGAGCAAGCAGAGUCGGCAGGGGGCGGAGCGAGGCCUGCUGGAGGAGGAGCGUGUGCAGACGGGCAGGAAGACGCCCCGCCCCCAGUACAUGAGCCCCUCGGCCGAGUCUCUCCAUAGCAACACGUCCACCGCAGGCACCGCCACACCUGGCAAAGCAGCCGCAUCCCGGAGUGGCGAUGACCCCCUGGUGGCCCUGACUGACGUGCUCAAUACUGACACGGAUCUACUGGGGAUACUGUCAGGAGACUUGGGAAAGCCCUCCGAUGAAUCAGGUCUUGAUUUUAGCCCUUUCCAGGUUGAUGGCUCUCCCCCUAAUUUUGCUGGACUGGACAUGGCAGAGGAAUCCCCUGCAGGGCCCCAGAGUCACUCGGGCAGGGGGGUGCGUGGCAUCCAUGAGGAGCCCCUGGAUGGCAUCCUCAGCCCUGAGCUGGACAAGAUGGUCACCGACGAGUCCAUUCUCAGCAAACUCUACAAAAUUCCAGAGCUGGAGGGGAAGGACGUAGAGGACCUCUUCACGGCAGUGCUCAGCCCCAGCACCAGCCGGUCCCAUCAGGUGCCGCAGCAGCAGGGCCCUGCCGCCAUGCAUGGACCCCAGGGUGCCACUCUCCCUCACCCCCCUUCUGCUCCAGGAAAUGGGAUGUUUCCACGGAUGCCGAUGGUAAACGGACUGGUGGACCCCAGCCAGCAGUUCCCUCCAUCCCAGAUGAACCCUGGAGCCGGCUCCUGCAUGACUGGCAACUUCAGCCCACUGCAGCGCAUGCCCUUCCCAGACAACAUGAGGGAGCACAAGUUCCAUCCCGUGCCCGGUGGGGUGGGUGGUGCCUGGGCCGGUGCUGGCCCACCUCCAGUGCCCGGACCGGGACCAGGGGCCGAGGGGGAGGGUGACGCCAUGUCCACUGCCCAGAAAAGCACGCUCAAGUGGGAGAAGGAGGAGACACUCGGAGAGCUGGCUACUGUGGCGCCCGUCCUCUACACCAACGUCAACUUCCCCAACCUCAAGGAGGAAUACCCAGAUUGGUCUACGAGAGUCAAACAAAUUGCAAAACUCUGGAGAAAAGCCAGUUCACAGGACAGAGCCCCAUAUGUGCAAAAAGCCAGGGACAACCGAGCAGCGCUGCGCAUCAACAAAGUCCAGAUGUCCAAUGAGCCUGUGAAGAGGCCACACGCCCAGCAGCCGGUGCAGCUGCCCCAGCCCCCGGAGGUGUUCGACCCCGCCAUCCCGCCGCUGGACACAGAGCUGCUCUUCAAGGACCCGCUCAAGCACAAGGAGUCCGAGCAGGAGCAGGAGUGGAAGCUCAGACAGGUGAGACAAUUGAGACAGAAGAGCAAGCAGCAAGCGAAGAUCGAAGCCACCCAGAAGCUGGAGCAAGUCAAGAACGAGCAGCUGCAGCAGCAGCAGCAACAGCAGCAGCAGACCGGCGGCGACGGGGAAAACUCUGGCGGCCAGAGCCCGCUGUCCCAGUCCAGCAGCGACAACCUGUCGCCCAUGCAGCAGUCCAAGAGCACCUUCUCCCGACCGACCCCUCACAUCGCGUCCAAGGACGACAUCUUCCUGCGUCCGCAGCUGCCCCCUCCGUCGGCCGGUGGCCAGGGCUCGUCCUCCCAGCCUCAGUCGCCGCAGAUGUUCUCCCCUGGCUCGUCUGGGUCGAGGCCGUCGUCUCCCGGCGACCCUUACGCCAAGAUGGUGGGCACGCCAAGGCCACCGCCCAUGGGUACGAGCGCGCAGCGCAGGGGUUCUGUUGAGUCGGGGAAGUCGCCCAGGUCUCUUUCAGAGGAGAGAGGCAAGCAUGAACCCUUUGGGUCUCCGACGUCACUGAGCAGCGAUCCCUAUGCCAAACCUCCGGACACCCCCAGGCCUGUAACCUCUGGAGACCCCUUCCUGAAGCCCAUGGGCCCCCCGAGGGCCAGCCCCUCUAUGGAGGGGAGGCACAUGAUGGGCUCCCCGGGUCACGAUCCGUUCUCCAGACCCGCACAGCGCAAGGAGGCCUACCAGCGAGGCGCCCAGAAUAGGAUGAUCCUCUCCGACCCGUACUCGCGCCCCUUGCUCACGCCCAUCCCAGGGAGCAACGAGUCGGGCUCUGUCCAGCUCUUCAAAGCCCCCAUGCCACCCGGUCAAGCCCAGGACCCAUACGGAGGAAUGCACCCCGGGCAGCGUCGGCCGAGCGGGGACCCGUUCGAAAGGCUGGAUGACCCGUAUGCCCAACCCCCGCUCACUCCGCGGCCUGGCAUGGGCCAGGAGUUUGCCAACCCCCAAAGGCCUUCCCGUCAGCCCCACCAGUUCUCCCAGCCUGGCCCAGUAAUGAGACAAUCUGCCCAGAACCCAUAUGUUCACGCACCCCCUACCCCUCGACCUGAUUACAGCCAGUAUGACCCCUACUCCCAACCUCCAGGCACGCCUCGGCCCAUGUCUGACCCAUAUGCUCUCCCUCCAGGCACACCUAGGCCACAUGACCAGUAUAGCCCCUCCUCAGACCCAUACUCCCACCCGCCCACCACUCCCCGCCCAGGCCCCAGGCUCUCGCCAUCCCUGGCCGUGGAUCCUUACGCCCAGCAACCAGGGACUCCGCACCCAGGGAUGGGCGACAGGUUCCCCAAGUCCCCUGGCUGCCAGAGGAACCCUGAUCCUUAUGCUCAGCCUCCUGGCACACCGAGACCCAUGCCCAUGGGAGGGCCCCAGCAGAUGCUGAAUGACCCGUAUGCCCAGGCCCCGGGCACCCCGCGCCCCGGGGCAAGACCAGGCCACAUGGUCAAUCAAGAUCCUUUCUCUCCACCUCAGGCCAGGGCCCAGGAGGCGUUCGCUCACCCGAUGACACCCAAGCAUCCUGGAAUGCACGAUGAAAGUAUAGUUCUGCCGUCCAUCCCACCGAACCAGACUCCCGUCCACGACCCGUUUGAGCAGGCGCCCAUGACGCCUCGCCCGCAAGUCGAGAAGGAAACACAGGGAAUGGUGGGGCACGUUCUCAACCCCAUGGCCACUGGGCAGAUGCCUCACCCUGCACAAUUCUCCGCACCACCCGAAGCUCAAAGUGUUUCACUGAUGGAGGCGGAGGAGAGGAUGAGACAGCGUCAGAGAAUCAGAGAGCUUAUCCUGAAACAGCAGCAGCAGAAGGGUGCCAAUCGACAGGAGAAGGGGCCCCAGGAGAACCCCAUGUCCAUGGCCCCAGGAACCCCACAGCACUGGAGUCAGGGGGGACCAGGGCCACAGGUGGAGAUCUUCAACCGACCUCCACCGCCAUACCCUGGCCCAGGGCCAGUGAGAGGCCCCAUGAGGUUUCCUGGACCCUUCCCAGGUGACCAGCAUGGUCCGAUUGCCAUGGAGGGGCAGUUUCCAGAUGGCAGUAACAUGGGCAUAAGGCAACACAUGCAGAGAUUUGGGUUUCCUGGUGGACAAGGGCCACAUGGGCCUCUCAGACCUCCACACCCAAUGCAGGAGGCCAUGAUGGAUGCUCACCCGCAGAUGAGGAGGUCCAUCUCCGUUGAACUUGGGAAGCCAUUCGGUGGCCCUCCCAUGGGCCCCCAGCACUUCCCCCCUCGGGGAAUGCCAGUGCAGCAGCACAACAUCAUGGGUCAGCCUUUCAUUGAGCUGAGACACAGAGCCCCAGAAAGCAGGUUUCGACUCCCGUUUGGGCCUGCCGGCAUGCAGGGCGGCCCCAUGGACCCCCUUGCCCAACAGCACAGGCUACCAGGGUUCAAUGUCAGGCAGCAGAUGGGAUUCCCACCUAAUCAAGGUCCCAGGCUCAUGGAAGGAACCAUGAUGAAUCAACACCAAGGAUCUGCUCCUCAGAUGCAGAUGUCCUCCAGCAUGGACAACCUGAACCAGUCACUUGGCUUACCAGGGCCUGGUGGUCUUCAGCAGCCGCCCCUUAUGAGGUCCAUGAGUCAACCGGCCUCAAGUGAAUCGUCCCACAUUGCGCCAGUGAAUCUUUUCCCUGUGGCUCCCACUGAGCAUACAGAUGAAAUUCCGAUGUCCAGCACUGAAGGAGAGAAGCUGGAUGCUGACGAGUCAGCUGUGAAAGACUUGGAGGAUGUUGAGGUCAAAGAUUUGGUUGACGCAGAUCUGGAAAACCUCAACCUAGAUCCGGAAGAUGGUAAAGACUUGGAUCUGGAAACAAAUGACUUGCACCUUGAUGAUUUCCUGACAUCUGGAAAAUUUGACAUCAUAGCUUACACUGAAACUGACUUGGAUCUUGAUGUCAAGAAGGACAUGUUCAAUGAGGAUCUGGACCUCAGUGAUCCUAUAGAGGACCACAAUGAGACCUCUGAUCCACAGAAAGCACUUUCAGAGAAGAGGAAUGGCGGUUCUGCCGGUGCCUCGACAAAAGGACAGUCAGACAAUAUACUGGAGGCACCUACGGGUAAAAUUAAACAGGAACCUUGUACUAGUCAGAGCUUGAAAGAGGAGUCUGACAUUAAGACAGAACCCAACACUAGUUUGUCUCAACCUCUGGGCUUGACUGCCUCUGGGGAUAUCAAGGGCUCAGACCUUUCUCAGCCAACAGCAUCUCAGCUCUCCCAGUCAGUGAGUGUCCCUGACUCCACACCUGUGCUGUCCAGUCUACUGGUCAAGGAGAAGCCAGGUGAAAUGUCUCUCAAGCAAGUGGAUGCCGCUUCUGCUGUUCAGAACAACCCAGAAGUGUCCAGCUCGAACGUUCUCAAUCAAAGCAACUAUCCACAGCAAGACUUGAAUCCCACCCUGGCUUUGGAACAGGCCAUGGGCUCUACCCAUGGAGAGACUGCAAUGGGAAACCCCAGCCAGAUCCAAGGGCAGGCUGCAGACCAGGCCUUUGGGCUGGAUCAGGAUGCGAUGCUUGCUGAUGAUCAAGCAGGCUCCAGCCAUAGGCCCCUGUUGCUGGAGGAACAGCCCCUCUUGCUGCAGGACUUGCUUGACCAGGAGAGACAGGAACAACAGCAGCAGAGACAGAUGCAGGCCAUGAUAAGACAACGCUCGAGUGACUCGUUCUUUCCAAAUAUAGAUUUUGAUGCAAUCACAGACCCUAUUAUGAAAGCUAAAAUGGUCGCACUGAAAGGUAUCAACAAAGUCAUGGUUCAGAACAACAUGGGGAUGACGCCCAUGACUGUCAUGAACAGGCUUCCACAGGCCGUUCAGCAGGCACAGGGGCCUCCGUGGCCUGAAGGUGCUCCAGUGGCCCCUCAGGUUCCUGUACAAGUUCAGGAUGCCAAACCGGCACCUCAUAUGGCUAGGCCCAACCCCCCGGCUAUUGCCCCAGGAUUUUCAAAUGACGCGCAGCAGAAGGCUCAGUACGAGGAGUGGCUGAGGGAGACCCAGCAGCUGCUACAGAUGCAGCAGAAGUUCCUGGAGGAGCAGAUCGGAGCCCACCGCAAGUCCAAGAAGGCCCUUUCGGCCAAGCAGAGGACCGCCAAAAAGGCCGGCCGCGAGUUCCCCGAGGACGACGCGGAGCAGCUGAAGCAUGUGACCGAGCAGCAGGGUGUGGUGCAGAAGCAGUUAGAGCAGAUCCGUAAGCAACAGAAGGAGCAUGCAGAACUGAUUGAAGAGUACAGAGUGAAACAGCAGCAGCAGCAGCAAUGCAACAUGCAGCCACCAAUGAUGCCCGGCUUGCCAGGUAUGCACGGCCCCCCUGCCAUCAUGCCCGUCCGUCCUCCCAUGAGCCAGCAAAUGAUUGGCCCAUUGCCCCAGAUGCCACCGAUGCCACCGAUGCCAGUCCACCCAGGUCAGCCUGGCCCUGCUCGCCCUCCCAACAUGCCACCAGGCUGGCGUCCUGGCGGCCCCAUGCCCAUGCCCGGUCCUAUGCCAGGCCCUAUGCCCAUGGCAGGCCCUAGGAUGCCACCCAUGAUGCCAGUCCAGGGCCCCAUGAUGCCAGUCCAGGGCCCCAUGAUGCCAGUCCAGGGCCCCAUGCCGCAGCCCCCCCAGGUCAUGCCAGCCGCGGCCCCUGCCCCUCAGACGGGCGGCGAGUCCCCUCACGUGAACUUCGACGACACCAACCCGUUCAGCGAGGGCUUCCAGGAGCGCGAGCGCAAGGAGCGGCUCCGCGAGCAGCAGGAGCGCCAGCGCGUGCAGCUGAUGAAGGAGGUGGAGCGGCAGCGGGCGCUGAAGCAGCGCAUGGAGAUGGAGAUGCAGCAGCAGCAGCAGGCGCUCAUGAGUCCAGAGGGCCUCCUCAAGCCCCCGAUGGGCCCCGUGCCCAUGCCCAUGUUCAACCAGGAGAUGCCCCACGACUUCCUGCAGGCCCCGAAGCCUCCGCAGCCCCAGCACCCUGGCCAGAUGUUCCCCCAGCAGCAAGGUCAUCCGCCUGGGCUCAGCGGGGAAUCUCCUGGCGCCUUCAUGGGCAACGGGCCGUUCCCGCAAGACAUGGCACCCGGAUUUUGGCCAGACAAUCCCGGUAUGGAGGCGGGCAACUUUGCCCCAGGUCAACCCAGACCACCCAGAUUUGGGCCCAACAUGAUGCCUCACAACGCGGGCAAAUCCCAUCCCUUCGGGCCGGAUUCCUCUUUGCCUCUUCCGCCAAACUUCCCGGGCUCAGGCCCGUCGCUGAUCCAGCUCUACUCCAACAUCAUCCCCGAGGAGAAGGGCAAGAAGAAGAGGAACCGCAAGAAGAAGAAGGACGACGACGCCGGCUCUCUGAACGCUCCGUCCACACCGCACUCCGACCUCGCCGCCCCGCUCACGCCCUGCGUCUCGGACACGUCCUCCACCCCGACGCGGCUCUCGCUGCACCACGGCGAGCAGGACAUGUGCGAGUCGUCCCAGCCCGGCUCUUCGACGCCCGGCUCAGCCACCAGUCAGCCUCCCUCCGAACUGGAGAGGCAGCUCUCUGGAGGCAGCUGCGGAGGCGGAGGCGGCGGCGGCGGUGGCUCCUUCUCGCUCCUAGAAGGCCACUCCAACAUGACGUCUGGUCAGCUGGAUCGGAUCCUCAGCAACAUCAAGCUGGAGCAGGUGGAGGGCGCCAGCGAGUGCCACGGACCCCGCGCUCACGACAUGGAGCACAUGGGCAGGGUGAAGAUGGAGGCGGAGAAAGAGGGCACCUCCCCCCACGCGGCUGGCCUGAGUCCAGCGCACAGCUCCAAGGGCGAGAUGAGCAACGAGCUCCUCAAGCACCUGCUCAAGCACAAGCGGACGCCGCCGGCCGCCAUGCCGCACCAGAGGUCAGAGGACAGCCUGCGCUCCGAGGAGGACAUGGACAGCAAGAACUUCCUCCGGCAGAACUCCCUGGACAGCAACGGGACGGUCUCGGACAGCCAGAUGUCUGGGCAUCCGGAAUUUGCCGGCGCCUCGCUGGCCGGCGAGCAGCCCAAGCGGAAACAGCGGAACAAGAGAGGACCCAAGGGCGGCGAGCGCCCGGCGCCACGCUCCAAGAAGAGGAGGAAGGAGGAGGAGGAGAGGAAGGCCGCCGCUGCCGCCUCUGACCCUGCCGUGACCCACUUGAAACAGCUCUCUCUGUUGCCCCUGAUGGAGCCCUUGAUUGGGGUGAACUAUGCCCACUUCGUGCCCUAUGGCAGCGGGCAGCUGGACGGGGAGAACCGCCUGUCCGGCUCCUUUGGCAGCGCCUCUCUGGACGGCGUGUCUGACUACUACUCCCAGCUCAUCUACAAGCAGAACAACUUGAGCAACCCGCCCACUCCGCCGGCCUCGCUGCCCCCGACGCCGCCUCCGGUGGCGCGGCAGAAGAUCCUCAACGGCUUCGCCACCACCGAGGAGCUGGCCAGCAAGACGGUCAUGGGAGGCCACGACGUGACUAAAGGCCUGCUGCCCAGGUCCAUGCACGUCCAGCUGAAGGCUGAAGAGGAGCUGCUGGCCAGGGCGCUGUCCCAGGGGCCGAAGACCGUGGACGUGCCAGCCUCUCUCCCCACUCCUCCGCACAACAACCAGGAGGAGCUCAGCAGAGGCCAGGAGCACUGUGAGGACCGAGACUCUCCAGACAGCUUCGUCCCCUCCUCGUCCCCUGAGAGUGUGGUGGGCAUGGAGGUCAGCCGCUACCCUGACCUCUCCCUGGUCAAGCAGGAGCGCCCCUCCCCUGCCCAGUCACCGGUCAUCCCCCUGCUGCCCAGCUGCAGUGGCAAAGAAGCAGGACUCCUGAACAUCAAGAAGGAGCAGCCCUCCAUGUUCUACGGGCCGCCCUUUGGGGCUCCGCACAACGGCAGCAACGCAGGGCUCGUUUCCAUAGCAAUCACCCUCAAACCAGCUGCUGCCGAGAACAUCACAGGGGUGGUGGCAGCCAUCGCCGACCUGCUCCGCGUCAAGAUCCCCAGCAGCUAUGAGGUGAGCAGCGCCCCGGACCGGCCCCUCCACGGCGCCCCCGGUGGCCUCAGGGCGUCUCUGCAGGGCCCAGAGCUGCGCCACCCCUUCAUGUUCCACGGCGCUCCGGGCGGCUUCGGAGGCCCUGAGGGGGCAGCGAUGCGCUUCAUCAGGCCUCCGCCACAGCAGAGGGCCCUGCUCAUGCAGCAGCACCUUCACCACCAGCAGCAGCAGCAACAACAACAACAACAACAACAACAACAACAGCAGCAGAUGCAGCAGAUGCAGCAGAUGCAGCAGCAGCCUCAGUUCCCGUCUGACAGAGGUGCCGGCGUGUCCAGAGAGAAGUUUCUGAAAGGUCAGGCCAGCCCUGGCUCCAAGCCUCAGUGGUGCCGCCACUGCAAGGUGGUGGUUCUGGGAAGUGGAGUCCGCAAGUCGCCCAAAGACGCCAAACCCACGCAGCAGGACCUCCAGUCCGCUGCGGAGGGCGACGUGGUCUUCUGCAGCCACAGCUGCCUCAUCCUGCACUCCGCCUCGUCGCCGGCCAAAGCUCCCGUGGACACCAAGGAGUCGGUGGAGCUGCUCCCUGCGGGCGAGCCCAAGGAGAGUCCCUCCCGAGCGCAGCACCCGUACAGCAACAACAUGUCCUCCCUGGACGUGCACUGCCUGGCCCAGCUGCAGCCCAAGCCCUCACCGCCGCCGCCCAGCUCCCCACUGCCCGACCCGCCCAGCCCGGAGAAGCCCGUGAAGGCCGAGCCCGAGCGGCCCGAGAUCAAACCGCCCGCCGAGACCCUGAGGGUGACGGUCAAGCUCAAGUCCCGCGGCGCAGACCAGCCGAACCACCACGGCAAGCGGCAGAAGGCCCGGCGCUGGCAACGGUGGAGCGUCCGGCUGCAGCUGACGGUGAAGAAGGAAGGGCACGGCGGGGCGGGCGGCGCGCAGCCGCUGGACGACGAGGCGGAGGUGGACCGGCUGCUGGCCAAGCUGGCCAUGCCGCUGCGGCCCAGCCCCUCGCUCCGCGACCGCCGCCGCUGCUGCUUCUGCCACCAGGAGGGCGACGGGCUGACGGACGGGCCGGCGCGCCUCCUCAACCUGGACCUGGACACCUGGGUGCACCUGAACUGCGCGCUGUGGUCCACCGAGGUGUACGAGACGCAGGCGGGCGCGCUCAUCAACGUGGAGCUGGCGCUGCGCCGCGGCACCGCCAUCCUGUGCGUGUGCUGCCAGCGGCCGGGCGCCACCACCGGCUGCCACCGGCUGCGCUGCGUCAACGUCUACCACUUCACCUGUGCCCUGCAGGCCGGCUGCACCUUCUUCAAGGACAAGACCAUGCUGUGCCACGCCCACCGGCCCCGCGGCCAGGGCAGCGGCGGCAUCGGCGGCGGCGCCAACGGCUUCGGGGGCGCGCCGGGCGUCUCGGGCGUGCCCGCCGCCGCGCUGAGCGCCGCCGCCCUGCUGGAGCACCAGCUGCGCUGCUUCUCGGUGUUCCGGCGCGUCUACGUGCAGCGCGAGGAGGUGCGGCAGCUGGCCGGCGCCGUGCAGAGGCCCGAGCGCGGGCACACCUUCCGCGUGGGCAGCCUGGUCUUCCACGCCAUGGGCCACCUGCUGCCCGCCCAGAUGGCCGCCUUCCACUCGGACGCCGCCAUCUUCCCCCCGGGCUACGAGGCCAGCCGCCUCUACUGGAGCAUGCGCCACGCCAACCGCCGCUGCCGCUACCUGUGCUCGGUGGAGGAGCGCGGCGCCUGGCCCGAGUUCACCAUCCGCGUGCAGGAGCCCGGCUACGAGGAGCUGGUGCUCACCGACAGCAGCCCCAAAGGAGUCUGGGACAAGGUUCUGUGUCCCGUGGCUGAGCGGAGAGCCGAGUCUGGCACACUGCGCCUGUUUCCUGUCUAUCUGAAGGGAGAGGAUCUGUUCGGACUCACCGUCACUGCAGUGGCCCGCAUCGCCGAAUCGCUGCCUGGAGUUCAGGCCUGUAAGGGUUACCGGUUCCGGUUUGGGCGUAACCCGAUGCUGGAGCUGCCGCUGGCUAUUAACCUGUGUGGCAGUGCUCGCUCUCAACCCCGGAGCAGCCCCCACCAUGACAGGCUCCUGGACGAGAGCACGGCCUGCAGCCGCUCCAUCCAGAACUCGGCGCCUCCGGAGGGGGGCACUCCCUACAGCAAGCACUUUGUGCACUCCAAGUCCUCCCAGUACCGCCGGCUGCAGAGCGAGUGGAAGGCCAACGUCUACCUGGCCCAGUCGCGCAUCCAGGGCUUGGGUCUGUUUGCAGCCAGAGACAUUGAAAAGCAGACCAUGGUGAUUGAGUACCUUGGCCAUAUCCUGCGUAAAGAGGUGGCCAGCAGAAAGGAGUUCUCGUACAAAUGUCAGAAUCGCGCCGUGUACAUGUUCCGCAUCGACACUGAGCACGUCCUUGAUGCAACGCUCACUGGAGGACUGGCAAGGUAUAUCAACCAUUCUUGUGCUCCCAACUGUGUGGCCGAAGUGGUGACAUUCGAGCGCGGAUACAAGAUCAUCAUCAGCUCCAACCGACGCAUCGAGAAGGGAGAAGAGCUCUGCUACGACUACAAGUUCGACCAGGCGGACGACCAGCACAAGAUCCCAUGCCACUGCGGAGCAGUCAACUGCCGCAAGUGGAUAAACUGAUGGGCUGAUGCGUCGACAGAAAAUGGAAGGGGGG